GACCUUGAUAAAUCUCUCUUCACUGUUUGGAGACUGAAAAUGUCUGAAUGUAAGUUUUACCACAUCGACACCCCUCUUUUUUUAACAAAAUUUCAAAACAAAUAAUAAUUUAGAUCGAUUCCAGUCACAACGGACAAUUCUGCACCUUGAAAUGAGUGGCAGCGACCAUGGAUGAAGACAAUUUGUCCCGCCAGUCAGACGAAAUUGAGGCUCUGUCCUCCAUCUAUGGGGAGGACUGGCGAGUUGUAGAUGAGGCUGAGAGACAUUACUGUAUAGAGAUCACAGAUGGCAAAGAAAAGCCCAAGUGGAAAAUUACCCUCCAGGUGACUUUGCCUUCUGACUAUCCAGGUUCUUCCCCACCCACAUAUGAAAUCAAUGCCCCCUGGCUCCGAGGAGCAGUGAGAUAUGAAUUACAAAACACCCUUGAGGAAGUUUAUGUUGAAAAUGCAGGGGAGAGCAUUAUAUAUUUAUGGGUAGAGAAAAUCAGGGACUACCUUAGCAGUAAAAAAGAUGAUUUAGAGCUGGUUUCUAGUGAAGCUGAUGCCUGCAGUGAUGACAUGAAUGUGAACCUGAAAAUGCAAGAUGUGGUUGAUGAGGCUACUGGUGACCUUCACCCUGAGCCUGACCUUGACCUGAGUGACCUCUCAGAAGAGGUGAAGUCACUUGAAGUUUUGCCCCAGACGUUUCACAAACCAGACCUUGUGGAGAAAAUUCAGUGUCCGGUGAUUCAUCAUGGCGAUCCUGUGAAGGACCGUAAAAGUACAUUCCAAGCCCACCUGGCAGCCGUGAACAGCGAGGAAGAGGUGCAGCUUGUAAUGGAGAAACUGCUGGAGAAUAAAAAGAUUGCCAGUGCCACACACAACAUUCUUGCCUAUCGAAUUCGCAAGGAUGGUCCACAUAAUGUGAUUGCACAGAACUGUAAGGACGAUGGUGAAACACAUGCGGGGUCUCGUAUGCUGCACAUCAUGCAGAUUAUUAAUGCGUUAAAUGUUAUGGUUGUUGUAACGCGAUGGUACGGUGGUGUUCACCUGGGCCCUGACAGGUUUAAACAUAUCAACAACUGUGCCAGAACUAUCCUCCAACAGCAUGGUUAUAUCAAGGAAAAAGAUGAAAAGAAAGGACCCAAGAGUAAAAAGUAAAUUACUUAAUGGAUAUUUUGUUUUAGUUUUUUUUCUUUCCAUUUUAAAUGGUGUUUAUUAAUAAGAAAAUUCUGGGUUGUGAAACAUAUUUAAGUUUUAGAAGUAGAAAUACAGGGACAGACGGAGGCCAUCUUCUGGGUCUUCCAGAAGACAGUCAGAAUUUUUUAAAGUUUACAUGGAUUGGCAUGUAAUUUUUUUUCUGUCAAAAGAGGGUCAAAAGCAGAGGAUGGAUCAACAAAGAUAAUUUGAAAAGACUGUCAAUAUAUAUCUCUCAAAAUAUCUCUGGACCUGCCCCUGAAAAAAAAAAGAUAAUGAUGAGGGUUUAGGAGAAAAGAAAUUAAGAAAAUAAAAUGAAUUGUCAAUUGAUAGAUAAAAAAUACUUGAUUACUAGUAUUUAUGUGCCAUUUUCCUUAAUAUCUAAGACUCUUUCAUCAUGUGAUUUAUGCUGAGAAUUAGCAAUGGACUACAGGUACUGUAAUUUAGAGAAAGUGAUUAGUCUUGUCAUUUUAUAAGUGUAACUUGUGAUUGAAUGUUAUGCAAGCAUUUUACAUACACAGUGCCACAGGUUAAUAAUUUCAAGAAUGUUCGUGUUAAGUCUGAAAGAUCUUACAAAACAUGUGUCAUGUUUUAAAUAUUUAUCAUUCGUUAUUUGUGUUUUUUUUUAUUUUUAUAAUUAUUAUUGAUAGUUAAA